UGGGAAGUGCGAUCAAGUGAGGAAAAGCGAAAAGCAAAAAUGUUUUGAAUGAGAAAAAUCAACAUUAACCAAUGACUUGGAAGAUACUUUGUAAUUGAAAUCAGUUUUGAAAUCUACAAGUGAUAUGGAAAUAGUUUGAAAAUGUAACAUUUCUUGGUGAUCCUACCGACAAUAUUCCUAAUUUCUGACAUUACAGUGCAUUUAGUGGGUUGAACACAAAUAAUCAGUGUUUAUUAAUGAAUUGUGAUCGGAUAUAAAUAAUGUGUUGAUGUGGGACUAUUAAUGAAAUAUGGAAAAAGUAUGGAAGUUCAUGUGUUUGUGUUUAGUUGUCUCAUUUUUUAAAUUAUGUAACGGAUUGCCAAUUCAUUUGGAAAGUACCAUCCCAGCUGAUCCAUCGGUGGAAUUACUAUCUGAGGUCAUAGUUAUUCUUUUAACAGUGUGCACUGUUUUAUUAUUGGUGGGCUGUCUCUGCUGUCAUCGGCCCAGCGGAUUCAAGGAAUUCCGAGAUAGUCCUGUAGCUGUAUCGACUGUGAGCAAUGUUGAUAACGGCUUAGUCAAUCCCUCAGCUGAAGGCGCUUUCACAAUAUUCGCCCCCCUAGGACAAAACUUUUCAUCGUCCAACGAUAGGUUACGUUUAGAAGAAGAAUAUAGCUAUGGUGAUAUCAACGUCAGCUCCUGGUUUAAUGAAGGAGUGUAUGAUUUCCCAAGGACCAAGUUGAAGUAUAUCAAAGAACUUGGAAAAGGCUGGUUUGGAAGUGUCGUCGAGGGUACAGCGCAAGAUCCAGAAAACCACACUUGGACCCCUGUCGUCGUUCGCAUUCUGGACUCAACCGCUUCCACCAAAGAAAAAGUGUUCUUCCUUCACGAGGCCGAAAUAUACAAAUGCGGAAAUCACACGAAUCUUCUCAAGCUUCACGGCAGGUGCCUGAAUUCUGCACCGUAUCUCUUGCUUCAAGAACUCUGUACUCAGGGAGAUCUCAAAGGAUAUCUCUUGUCCAAUAGGGGUAACAAUAAUCUUCUAGUCUCCGAGUAUCCGUUAAUAUGGUGCUGUCAGAUAGCCUCGGCGUUGAAGUUUCUGCACGAGAAAGGAUUAGCGCAUUCGGAUCUGGCGUGCAGGAACUGCCAGCUGACCUCCAACCUCACCGUGAAGCUGGGCGAUUACGGCCUGUCCUCCUCCAAGUACCCGGAGGACUACUACGAGGGCAUACCGACGAUAUCGGUGCGCUGGUGCGCGCCCGAGUCCAUAAAGCACACGAGCACCACCAUCCAGCCGGAGCGGAUCACGAGAGAGGCGAACGUCUGGUCGCUGGCCGUGUGCUUCUGGGAGAUAUGCGAGUGCGGCGCGAGGCCCUACGCGGACCUGUCCGACGACGAGGUGGUCACCCAGGUGUUGGGUAAGGCGCACGUGCGUCUGCCGCGGCCUUCGCGGAUCGUCCUGUAUACCGACUACAUCUAUGGUCUAAUGCAAUCCUGCUGGCUAACGCCAGAAUCGAGGCCUACCUCGACCCAGAUCUACCUGACCCUCACGGACCUACUCCAGGUGUUCACGGUCUGUAAAUCCGAAAGUAAAGAUACAACCAGUCUGGAAGGAUCGCAAGAAUCCUUCGAUUUGCGUUGGAAUUCCCUGAAACCGAACAACGCGGGUAACUUGGAGUUUUCCAACGAUAAAACCGAGGUCAAACCGAUGUCUCCCAGCAUGAACAACCUCAUAGGUUCCUUGGAUGACAUGAACAGGUCAAGGACUUCGGAAGAAGACAACGCUCACUCAGUCCUCCUGCCUGGUAAAACCGACCAGAAGUUCGAGUUCGAAUUGAGCACCCAUUCGAAAGAACCUCUCGAAACGGACAGCUUGGACGACAGCAUGGUCUACAACAUGCGCAGGAGCAGCAGCAGCGAAACGGAAGAGGAAAACUGGAAGAGGAAGAUAGAAAGGGGCGCCUACACGGAAAAAGUGCGGCAAAAAUCCAGAUCCGUGACCGACCUGAUGGUACUAACCCACAUCGAUUGUUCAGAAUCGGAGUCCGAGACGCCCCAACCGAGUCUGGAUCACAGGGUGAAUUACAAAAACGUGCGGUUAGCGCCCAAACAUAACCUGGAAAGUGCAAGUUACGUGCACGGUAGUGAGGGAAACUUACUUAGCGUCCAAGACGAUUUCCAGGCCGAACUUAGAAAAUUACAAGAGGGACAUAGGGAUAGUCUAUUUUUUGUACCUGAUAAAUAUAGUCAAACUUUAAGAAAUGAACAAGUAAACAAUAAUUUAGAUGUAGAUAGAGAUAUUCGCCUUGGGGAUUCUUCUAACGAGAGAUUAGUGAAAGAAUUAAGCGGUACCAGUGACAUAACACCGGUUAACCAAGUGUACAAUGUUUUUAACGUUACCAUUGAUAACCUGAGUCCGAUCCAUGUAGUUAAAUUGAACGAGAUCAUCAAUUUGGAGGAAUCUCUAGAGUUCGGUGAGAAUAAGACUUUCAUAUCUUACGAAGUACCAAAAUUGUGUGAUAUUAUACAGAAUAAUUCCAUGGUGGCCACCUAUCCGGAUAACUUAGAUCCAUCUUGCUUGAACGGUAACCAAGAUGAAAAUUCCGAAUCAUAUUUUUAUGACGAUGAUAUACGCCCAGAGAAUAUCGAAGAGUCCAGUGUCGAAGAAACAGACAUCGGCCACUCAUCCUUACAGUCCAAAGAAUUAUCUCUUCGAACUGAAGAUAAAAAUAAUGAUUCAAAACCUGAUAAUUCCUUCCCAGAUAACUCAGUAUCGCCACAUUUUUCUGAUGUAUGUCCACCAAAAAUAGAAGAGUCCAGUUUGGAACAAACAGAAAUUGGCCAAACAUUCUUACUGUCCGAAGAACCAUCUCUCCGAAAUAGUGACUCGCCAAUGGAAAACUCACGUCAUGAAAUCGGAUCUAAUUAUACUGAAGAAGUUAUGGAAACAGAAAAACAAGAAGUACUGGUUGUGGGGCUCUCAUCGAAAACGAUAGAAAAUAAUAAUGAUUUAGGUACCAUAGAUGAAACUUUUAAGACUGAAGAAUCUCAUGUUGAUGAAAGAUAUUGUGAAAUUAAAAUAGAUGAUAAACAUGACAUUUUAAGUGUUCCUGAUAAUGAAAUAAUUUGUGAUGAAUCAGUAUUAAACGAUGAAAUUGUAUUACAUUGCCAAGAAGGGGUUUCGAUGGAAGAGAAUCCGAUGAAAAAUGAGGAGAUUGGAGUGAAUCAAUCGUUCGUAAGGUGUGAAUCUGAAAAUCAUUCUAUGUCUGGAUCAAUCGAAAGGGAGGAAAUAGGUUCUGCUAGAGAUGAAAGUGGAAAAAAUAUAGAUAAAGGAAUCGAGAAUGUCCAACUUGUGUUGAGUCCAUCCGAAAAUUUCGUAAAUAUCGAGAAAGUACAGAAUUCAGUCGAAAAUUAUCAUGUGCCAGAGAAAGAGGGUCUUGAAACAGAGGAAGGUCCAGUUUUGAAACUCGAAGAAAGAGAUAGUAUGGACAAUAAGCAUGUUGGUACAGCAGAAUCGUUGGAUGUGUCCCCAGCCGAUUUAGAGGACAGUUUGGAAUCGGUAGACGAGGAAAAGGACGUGGUAGAAUCCAUCGUGGUAUCGGAAACUUCGAGUCUUAAGAAUAGGAACACUUUGGAGGAUUUGUUCGUUUUCCAAAUGGGUGAAAAUUUGAAUUCGUUCGAAAUGAAUUCCCAGAUCUCGGAUACGGACUUUUCUUUAACUCCGGAGAGAUGUAUGGAGAGUAUGGAUACAAUUAAUGAAGAAAUCGAUAGUGAAGAAUUCCCACAACCUAAAAAACACGAAGAAGAAUCAGUUUCGAAGAAACGUUUCAUGAAAAAGUUGGGGGACAUGAAGAAAGAAUCGAUUAAGAAAGUUCGCCAAGAAGACGCUGGAGCCAAAUCUUUCCAAGUGCCAAAACUGAUGGAUCUGAUAGAAAAUAACGAUAAACUGAUGGAUUACAUAAUAACCAACUACGAAUCUGAGCUGCACGACGAUCUCAGCUGCGAAAACACCGUCGUUAUCGAAAAAUCCGACGGGGAGAGAGAUUACCCGGUGAUCACUUUCGACCUGAGCAACUCCCAGGAGGCUGCCAGUCCUAACUCGUUAACUCACCUGAACGCCUUCAGCUCGCUCAGGACCAAGCAGAAAUCGUCCCUCGAGUUGAUAUCGUCCUCCACGCCCUGCAAGAAGUCCAAGGAGGCCGAUUCGGAGGGUACCAACGAAGGGAACAACCUCAACUACUCCCUGGAGACUUGGGACAAUUUUCUAGGUAACGCCAUCGAUACUCAGACCAUCAGGAACAUCAACGAUCAGACCGUCGUCUUCGAGAGCCUCAAUUCGGAGCCUCAGAGCUUGAUCUUCAUCGAGGCGGACGGGGGCGACUCGACGGUUACGCCUCCCAACAGCGAUAUGGAGCUCAGUUUGGAAGGGGGCUUUCUGGAGGACGUCUACAGCAACCAGACCAUCAACAUACAGGAGGAAUGUAACGAACUCAACAAAACCUUCGAGGUUGAAGAGUCUGAACUGAAUAAAACCUACGAUGUGUCUACUCUGGAAGGGUCUUUCUCUAUGGAGGAGUGUGCUUCCGAUGAACAGGACGAAUCUGGCACUUGGGACUCCAGUGGCGGGUGGUUCUUACACCCUCAGUCCAGUGGCAGCGUGUCGGGCCAGAUAACCGAGCAGAGGGACGUUAGAUCGAUGGAUGAUGAGAUACUUGCCGCUCUAAGAGGGGAAUUAUUGGCGAAGUUGCCACAUGCACAGGGAUCAACUAAUGACAAGCUUAAGGAGAACAAUGAUGAUUGGGAUCAGAAUGACAAAGAGGAAGUGUUUUUGAGGUACAAUGUAUAUAAUACACCUCUGUCUCCUAUACCAGAAGAAAGUGAGAAUGACGAAGAAUCGGACUACGUUUGUACAGCUACAGGAAGCCCCGCCUCCGGCGCCAGCGACGAUUGGCCGGAGAAACUCCUCGAAAACGCGGCUCCCCAGGAGAACGACAGCCAAUCCCUCAAGGCCCAGGGCCUCCACCACCAGCGCACCCUCAGCCAGGACUCGUACUGCUCCAACGACACCCUCUUCAACCUGGAGGACAUGACGUACGUCGUGGCCGACCAGGACGACGACGAGUCCGACAAGAACGCGGACCAGUCCAAGAAGCUCGAAGAGGAGCGUAUAAGACGGGACGCGAUCGACUACUUCAAGAUGGGCACGGCUGUCGGGAUGCCCCUCGCCAGUCCGGUCACGGACCUGGAGAGCCCGCUGGAGACGGCGCCCGACAAGGCCUUCCUCGAGGAUUUUCUGGUUAGGGAGAGGGAGCACAGCGAGAUGGUGUCGGUGGUGGUCACCGAGCCGCUCGAAGACGAUUCGCAUUCGGCGCCAAGGGAUAAGACGGCCGCGCCGCUGCCCUCUCCGGACGAUCACCCUUGGAAGCAGCUGUCCGACUCGCUGUUGCGGAAGGGGCUGCUGGAGGCCGACCACAAGGUCGCGGACGAGGAGGAGAGCCCGGACUCCACCACCUACGGAAACAAGGAUCACGUCUACGUUAACCAGGAGGAGGAAGAAGGGGAAGAAACGGAAACGGAGCUUUACUCCAACGUGAUAAUCGAAGAUGAUCUACCUGGCUACGUCGAGGAGGUCCCGGACUCUUCGAUGUGCCACAACAAGAGCACGUCGUCGGAUCACGUCUACGAGAACGUGGACCAAAAAGAAGAGGAGAAAAUCGCCCUGUAUACGAACGUGGAUGCGGACUGUCUUCCAAGCUACGUCAACGUGGACAAGGAGGCGGUGGGUGCGGCAGUGUACGAGAACGUGGAGGGCGUGGGGGACAUCCUGAACGAGGAGGAUUACGUCAAUAUCACCAAUCUGGAGAACGCGAAGAUCAGCGCUGAUUUGGGGAAAGGAGGUAGUCUUGAAGGAGAUGAAAAUCCCGAAUAUGUCCAACUGGACGACGAUCUGAUCAUAAGAAGCGGAGAGGAAGAUCAGGACGAUCAGAUCUUUGGAGUUUUGACCGAUAUCAGAUUCAGCGGACCGGGAGAACCUCACCUUAUGUCGACGUCCUUCAGCGAGAGCAACGAAAUGCAGAACGAGCAAGACUGGGAAAGUGGCUCGGACACCAGGUCUAGUUCUAGCGGAGAAUUCAUAUGGAGGGAGGGCGAGCAUGAAGAGUCCCUCAAAGCUCUACAAGCCCUCCCUCAAGACCUGUUGGACGACAUUGAACCGGACAAAGGAUCCAAAGAGGAAACAUCAAGCGAAAGCAGCUGUAGCGACGAUGAGGGGGAAUGUCCGGAGUUUAUCCCCAGCGCUUGGGAUAAGUAUGCAACACCCACAAAAUCAGCCCUUAGGUCUCCCGAGAAAACUUUGGAAAAAGAGGAAAAGAAAAAAGGCGUUUGGUUCAAAAAACAAAGAUAUCAUUGCGUCUACGAGUACCCCAAAGAACCCGAAAGUCCAGUUCUUCAGAGUUUCGAUUUGUGGAACAAUCCCCCACCCGCCACAUCAUACCCAGAAUGGUAUUUCGACAUCGAUUCCAAUACCGAAUUCAACGACUUCACCACCACCACCAACUUUUCCGACGGUGACGCCUUAUCCACAGAUUUCACCACCACAACUUUCAACAACGAGUUCUUCGUCACCGGUUCCGCCACCCCGUUCGAUAUGAUGACCGGCACCAGUUCCCAGUUCUUCCCCGGGGGCGAUCACUGGUCCGACACGUCGAAACUGAACGAGAACACCACGCCCGACAGUGGCGUAGAAGACGUGACCCCGGGUAGCAUGGACAGGCUCGAUUUGGCGGGCAUGGCUCCCUCCAACGUUCCCAGCCUCAAGCUCCUCUCCGAAGCCGCCUACGCCAGGUUGAAACUGAAGGCGAAGGAGAACAAGACCAACGAGAUCCUCGGGGGUUUGAGGCACACGAGGAACAAACUGAAACUGGACCUACCGUCCAGCCCCAACACGUUCACCGCCAACAAGACCUUCAAUCUGGAACCGAACGUCGAACCUGUGGUUAUAAGGGAGAGACCGGCGUUCACGACCUUCGGAAAGAGCAGGUUUCUUGUGCAACAUGUUGAUACUCCGGACAAGGAUGCGACCGGGAGGAACGUUUGUUUCGAGGCGUUGCCCUACAAGCCGAUCGAGAAGAAGGAACAGGAAACGAAGACGAAAAAGGUGAAAAAGGAGGAGGAGAAGGGAGAAGCGAGUCUGUUGGAUAGCGCAGACGAGGAUAGCGGGAUAGAGUCUAGCACCUUAGAGAGGAAGUCGUGUGAUGCAGGUAAACUCAUUGUGGAUUUGUAAAUAAGAACCGGUUUUAUUUUUAUCGUUACUAUUUGUAAAUUUUGUUAAUUUUAGAUCUUUAAUAUAUUGUUCAUUGUGUUUUUAUGUUGGACAUUGAGAAAGGUUUAUUAUUAUUAUUCCGUAUAGUGUGGUGAAUUGUGAUCUGAGUUGGUUCGUUUGAUUUUUACUAUCGAGUAGACCUUGUAACAUAUCCUUUCAUUAUGAUCUAUCGACCUUGGCAGAAAUGGUUGAAGUGAAUCUCACCGCGUGUGUAUAAUGAUUUUCUGGCGGUUAUUCGUUAUCUGCUCUUGUAUAUCUAAUCAUGUGGAAAGAAUCAAUUAAUCGUUGUUUCCAUCAGAAGUGAUUUUAAUUAUUUUUUUGCUAUUCUCUAAAUAUUUCUCCGAAGAUUCAGAUUUUUACUUGUCUGAUGGUUUAAUUGUUCUCGGUAAUAAUUGUUUGAUUUAUACAAGGUGAUUCAACGUUUAUGGAAACCAACCACCAUUCUGCUCUGAAAAUUUGCAUGUUGACCUUUUCAAUAAUGAACAUUCUCCCCGAAACAUUUUUAGACCUCUACAACUUCCAGUUAUACAGGAAAUAAUCUUACUACUUUCUUACUUCAAAUGGCACACCCAGUAAAUCUUUCCAUCGUUUGAUAGCCGAUUGGAUGGCAAUUUUAACAGUUGGUCAUACCUUGGGUUAAAACACAACCGUUUGUAAGUUAUUGGGAUUCUCAUAAAAAAACUGGUGAAAACCUGUGGUCAGAUUUUUUGAAAUAUUUCUGCUGAGGAGGUUUUUUUCCAAAAAAAAUUAUACCAUUUUCAAUUUUUCUAUUAUGAAGUAAUAUAACACUGUUUGGGUCUAAAAUAUACAAAGUGUUUGUAAGAAAUUGAGUUGGACAAAUCAUAUUGAUCAAAACUCAUGAUUUUCAAAUUACUACCUAAUUAUUUCAGUUGAUUUUACGUAGAAAAAGAUAAAGGGUUACCUAAAUAAACCCUCUACCUAAAAUGAAAAAUAAAGAGAUAAUUCUAAAUGUUUCCAUUUUUAUUUAGGUUACCCUACCCCUUUUUCCAUGUAGAAUCGACUGAAAGUAUAAAAUAUAGGUAGCAAUUUGAAAAUUUUGAGUUUUGGUGAAUUGGAUUUGUCAAAUUUGAUAAUCUUCUCAUAAACGCCCUGUACAUUUUAGGUUCACACAGCAAAUAGUGCUGUAAUACUGCAUAAGAGAAAAAUUUUAAAUUGAUUUGAAAAAAAACUCUUCGCCAAAAAUAUCAAAAGAAGUAUUACUUAACAUUUUCUCCAUUUUUUUCACCUAAAUCCCAAUAACUCUAAACCAUUAAGUUUUUAUCAAGGUCUGGUAUACUGUUGAAUGUUGAAAUAGAUGUCAAAUCAGCUUUCUAAUAAUGCAAACUAUACUGGGUGUGCCAUUUGAAUUAAGGUAGUAGGUCUGAAAAUAUUAAAGAGAAUCACCCUGUAUUUAGUCAAUCCGACAUAGAUAUAUUCAAAAUAUCCAAACUGAUUACGCCACCCCAGUUACCAGAAUGAACCAAAGAAUGAUUUGAUUUUGUCAGUAAAGUUCUUAUGACACUAUCUCAAGUUGUACAUGAUAUUUUUCAUAUUAUAAUUCUAGAUUAAUUUAAUUUAUUCUAUGAAAUUUUAUAUUCGUGAUGAAUUACAGUUUUUUUCGAAAUGCGUUUGCAAUUGAUAAGGGAAAAUAUAAAUAUGUAUUUUCGAAAUUCUUUUAAUGCGUCAUUAUUUCAGUUUGAGGAUAUUUCCUGUAAUUUUGGAUAUGUUUAUGUUUUUAUUUUACUCAAUACAAUAUGCCUAUGAUGAUUUUCUAUAGAUCACUUGAGAUGGAAACAAGUUAUUAUUAUCACGAUUUAAAAUGCAUCUCAUAUUUUAAUCAUAUCAAUUAGUUAUAAGCUGUUAAUUUUUCAACUUCCAACUAUUCACAUUCUUGCCUAGAAUACUUCAUAGUGCCAAAAAUUUGAUUUCUCAAUGUAUAUUUCCAUUGUAAUAAAUAUUUAUUUUAGGUUUAAAGAUGCUUUGUCUAUAACGUUCUCGAAUAUACCCAACUUAUUUCAUUAGCGUCCAAUUAACUUUCUUGAAAUAUGCACCACUUUUUUCGAUUUUUUUCCCAGUAUUCAAUCUUUUUGAAAUCGACCACUUGCCUAUUUCAUGGUUUUUCAUAAAAUUGGUGGGUCGUUAUAUGUAUAGGGUUGAUUUUAUUCUGAUUUCAAUUCAAGGGGUUUUGUACCUUCCAAUUUUAAUAAUCAUUUUUGAGUAUAUCUUUGUUAUUGAUAUAUCAACUGAGAAAUUCCAAGAAAACACGAUUCACUCUUCAUUAUGUGAUAACUGUUGAAACUAGAAUUUAAGAACUUAGACGUAGCUCCAUUUGUAUCCUUUUUUACAAGUGCUACACAAAAUUGAUAUCUUCCAGGUUGAAUAUUAUAUCCUUUGUAUGCUGUUUAUCCUCAUGAUAUUGUGAUUAAGACUUUCAAAUUCUUGUAGGUGAUUAUUACUUGUAGUAUAUGUCCGUAUCGGAUCAUGUGAUUGGUUGAAUAUUUCUUGUAUUAGUAGUAUUGUAGAUUAGUCAAAUAUAAUAAAUGUCUAAAAAAGUU